AUGUCCGCAACGAUGGUAGCUGGCCCAUCAACAUCGACAUCUUCCUCUUCAGCAAACCUCUUCGCUCGACCCGACACUUCGAUUUGCUCGCACCUUUCUUCCUUGUUGAGCUCUCCUUCACACAGCAGUCAGCAUACACUUGGUACUCAAGAUGGUUCCAAUGCCUCUGUACCACCGCCUGCUACUGCUAUGAGGAAACACGAGGUGGAAAAGCGGUUUACCGAAGCGGUGAGAUGGGGUGCUUUGGCAGAAGGUGCCAAGCGAAGGAAGACAACCCCACCACAGUGCCACACCUGCUCAACGACCCUUACAAGACCGUGGGCAUGUCUGACUUGCUCAUACAUCGGUUGCCUACCUUUUACUGGUGUUUUUUCUUCUUCCUCAAAGAAUUGUAUGCGUAAUCAUUGGCAACAGAGUAACGGACAAUGUGGAUUUGCUGUUGAUCCAUCCUCCGGUGCUAUCUAUUGCUCAUCAUGUUCCGAUACAAUAUACCCAGAUCAAUUCGAAUCGAUAUUACGCGUAGUCAAAAUACGCACAGAGGAGAUGCACGAUAAAUCCCGUGAACCUGGUGCGGUCGGUGGAGGGAGAGGCAGAGGUCGAGGUCCGUGGAAAGCUUGGAAUCCUAGUAAUAUGGUCAAGAUUGAGGAGAGUGAAGUUGCCAAGAGCUCUUGCAGAGGUCUACGUCCUUUACUCAACCUAUCUCAGACAUGUUUUCUUUCCGCCAUUCUCCAAUCACUCAUACAUAAUCCUCUGCUUAAAGCGUAUUUCCUCUCUGACAAACAUAACAGGCAUGUAUGCCCGAAUGGAUCGAAGGGGCUUAGUGGAUGUAUGUGCUGUGAGAUGGACAGGGCUUUCGAGGAGUUCUAUAAUGAAGAUAAUUCACCUUAUGGGCCUAUAACGAUGCUUUAUGCUAUGUGGCAUGCCAGUGCAGAGCUGGAAGGAUACGGUCAACAAGAUGCGCACUCAUUCUUCCUCGCUGCGUUGGAUCAAAUACAUGCUCAUGCGAAAGGACAGCUGUCUAGCUGCAACUGUAUCGCUCAUCAAACAUUUGCGGGAUCUCUGCUCUCAUCUGUCACCUGCUCAUCAUGCUCCCAUACUUCCUCGACUAUCGAUCCUAUAUUAGACAUACAAUUGGAUUUCCCAUAUUCCCCUUUAUCCGGCUCAUCAACAGCGACCAUCACCUCGAACGCAUCCACCUCGUCGUCCGAGGGCAUAGGAGGUGGUUCGAAUGGGAAUUCUCAAUUGACUCUUGCCGGGUUGCUCAGGAGGUUCUGUGCUAGUGAGACUAUCGGUGGGUCUGACAGUGGAGGUAAGGGGUAUGAAUGCUCCAAAUGUGGUGGUGGACCUGGUACCCACGCAACCAAGAAUCUGACUAUCAAGAAACUUGCGCCUGUCUUGUCAUUCCAGCUGAAGCGCUUCGCACACAUGACGACCUCUUCAUCCAAAAUCGAAACUCACGUCAGGUUCCCUUCCACACUAGAUAUGAGACCUUACGUCGAUACACCAUCACCCCCCGGAUCGGCAUCGGCGUCUCAAUCAACCGGAGAAGAUAUCAAACCUACAAUAAGAGAAGAACAAGAUAUCUUACCUGAUUCUCUAUUCAUGUAUGAUCUGUUCGCCGUUGUUACUCAUGAAGGAAAAUUGGAUAAUGGACAUUAUUGGGCGGAUGUAAGAGAGGGUGAGGAAUGGUGGCAUUGCGAUGAUGAUAAGGUGACACCUACAACUCUAUCAUCAGUCCUAAGUCAAAAAGCCUAUAUGUUAUUCUACGUCAAACGGUCAUUAGCGUACGCUCAACCAAUGUCUAAAUUAUUGGGUACGACAGCUUCGACAACUUCCCUACCUACUUUGAACAAUAUCAGUUCUAAUAUUUGA